AUGUCAACAACCAUUGGGGUUGUUGAUCCUGCCUUUGUAAAUCAAUGCAAACGGACACAGAAGCUUCGUGGAAUGUAUUAUGAUGUAGUUCCACCUCUUACAGAUAUUCGAGAACAAAAAAUGUUCGUUUUAUCACAAAAAAGGCUGUUAAAUGAAGAUAUUUUCGAAGAAUUGAUGGAAAACUGCCAACACAAACCUCUUAAUCUCGCAAUGGAGCCUGUUUUUGCACAAGUUUUUAACGCAUAUCGAACAAUUUUUUGGAAAUACGAUGUUUAUACAAAUAGUUUUUACUCACAUACACUCGAAACAAGACUUGAAGGUGAUGAUACUAUUAUUCCUGCAGCAUUACAAGCAAAAAUGCCUUUAAACGUCGCAUCAAUUGAAAACCGAAUAGCCAGACAAAAAUUACAAGUUGAAUCACGUUCUCCACAGUUAGUUUUCCCAUUGUAUUUGAAAAAUGGCGAUACAAUUGCAGUAAUUCAAAUAUCAAGAAAUAAAGGCGAGCCUACGUUUACUGACGACGAUAUAAAGGAUGCUACAUUCUUUAUGAAGAAGUUUGCGCUAUAUGGAACCAGCGUAGCUGUCUCUUCCACUCAAAUUGACACAGCAAAUAAUUUAUCUAUCGUUAGAAAGACAAAAGACGUCAUAAACAGCUUAUCAUCAGUCUACAAAACAGUCUUUGAAGCCAAAGACGUCGAUUUUUGGUGCUACAGAGAAAAAGAAAAUUCUUUUUUCAGAUACGAUUACAAAGAGGAUAAUUUCAUGGCAGUUAGGAAGAACAAAGUUGGAGUGGUCGGAUUCGCUUUAAUGACGAAAGUUUCGAUUACAGAAAGAAAUGUAAAAUUUCAUUCGAAUUAUCAUUCAUCUGUUGACGGAAAUGCAGCGGAACCAAUCAUGAUACACAUAGAGAAACUCGAUGAAAUAGUUUACGCCAUUGCUUUAAGAGGAAAAAGCAGCGAAGGAUAUUUUUCAAACGAUCAGAGGCAAACAAUGGAAAGAAUUUCUCCUUUUGCGGUUCUUUCCAUUGCAUAUUCCUUCAAACUGCAUCCGUUACCUAAAAGAACCACUCAGGACACUUCAAAACCAAUUUUUGAUUUAAUAUCUUUUGCAAAAGAGGUUUUGAAGCUCUCAGAAAUAGAUAAAGUGGCUGUUUUCAUUGAGAACUGGCUGUCGAACAACUUCGAAAAGGUCGUCAGCGUUUGCAUAAAAUUUGGAAAAACAUUAGUUAGCGGAUACGGAGGGGAUGAGCUGUCAUUGAACAUUACUGGCAUGAAUGAUUCAUUAAUGGGACUUUGCAUUAGCGAACAGAAGGUCCAAUUUUAUGAUACAAGUGAUCCCUUGUUUAAUCCAGCAGUAGAUUCAAAAGGAAAUAGAGAUGUAAGCGAGGUUAUCCUUGUUCCAAUAUUUUCUGCUGCAAAUGAGACUCUUGGAGCUGUUUCAGUGUCAAGUAAGGAAGAAUUUGGAGAAAUUGCAGAUUUGGUCGUCAGAAAACUUUCGGCUUUUGCUGUUUUCUGUGGUAUUGCAAUACAGAAUGCUCUGGCUUUGAGAGUUGCCUCUUUUUGCCCUAAUAUGAUACUUAAAGCAAAAUCAGAAAAAAUUACUUCCCAACAAGAAGCUGUUGAUCUUGCUUUUGACUGCUUUAGUGAAAUAAAAGGUGUUCUGAGUGCUUCUGUCUUCCUUUCUAACGGAAAAGGCGGAAUUGAUAAAAUUGCUGGCGCAGGAAACCCAAUUGACGAAAGUAGUGACUACGCAAUUCUUUCUUACAAAGAGAAUUCUCCAAAAAUCUUCCGAAUUCCUGAUGCCGCUGAAAAACCUUCAUCUCCUGUAAAUGAUGAAGAUCCAAAGCCAGCAGAACAAAUUAACAAUGUUCAAAAUAAUGAUAAUAAUGCAGACACCGAACAGAAUUCCCAAGAAUCUUCAAAUCAAAAUGAAAAUAAUACAGAAGACACAAAUAAUAAAGAAAAUAAAGAACCAACCAAUAAUGAUCCUCUAAACGAACCGAAAUCAGAAGAAAUUAAAGCAAAUGAAAAUCAAACAGAUAAUCAGGUUGAAAAACCAAAUGCUGAGAGUAACAACAAAUGCGAGAAGAAGGAGAUGCCAAAUUCAGUUCCUCCAACGCCAGAAGUUGAUGAAAGAGGAAAUCCGGUUUUCAAUCAACAUCAAAUUCCAAAUAUUAAUACUCAGAAUAGAGCUAUGACUCCUUAUGCUGACUUCUAUGGCUCUUAUUUCAUUUGUUCUCCAAUAAUUUCAGAAUCAGGAAAUACAAUUGGAGUUUUUCAAUACUGUGUUUACGGUCCUGACUCGAUUGUCAAUGCUAUAUCUAAAGCAGCUAAUGCAGCAGCUCGUGUUUCCCAAAUUGCUGGAGCUGAAAAAUUAGUUAACGAAAUGAACAACGAAGGCCUUGAAAACAUCGAAGGAAACAGUGUUCCUGAUAGUUUAAAGACAGGAAUCGACUUUUUAAGCGAAGAUUUUGACUCAUCUCAAUUUAAUCAACGAGAAUUAGCCAUUGCAGUAGCAGAGUUCAUAGAAAAAGAUGGACUUUCGAAGGCAUUGAACAUAAAUAUUGGCUUAUUUAUUGAGUUCGUUCGUGAAAUUUUACAAAAUUGUAACGCAACGUUCCACGAUUACCACCACUCGAUAGAUGUGCUAACACAAUGCAUACAAAUGUGCAAAUCAUCAUAUGGCCAAGUUCUUCUGCCUAUUGAAAGACUUUCUCUAUACAUUGCCGCAAUUUCGCAUGAUUCUCUUCACGAUGGCUUCGUAAACCUCAAGCUAGGCACUCCUUAUGAAUGUCUUUUGAAGUUUUCCCCAAUGGAAAUGAGAAGUGUCGACUUUUUACGACAAUCAGUUGAAAAAUUCGAAUUUUUAACUGAAAAAGAUGCGAAAAACGAGUUGUUAUCUGAAGCAUCUCGUUUUAUUCUGGCAACCGAUAUGUCCAAGCACUUCGAUCUCAUUGAGGAAGCGAAAAAAUUGGCCGACAGCGACAAUUUUUCGUUUGAAGACAAAGAAACAAGGAUGAAAACAACCGAAAUCUUGAUUAAAAGCGCUGAUCUCGGUUCUGCAAACAGGAAUGGAGAUAAAGCUGAUAAGAAGGGACUCCCCGAUGAAUUCUUUGCCGAAGGAGACCUCUCCAAAGUCAAAGACAUCGUUUACGACAAAGAAGGAAAUGAAAGAAAAAAUAUUCACUGGGGAGAUUCCGAAAUUCCAUUCAUGAACGAUGUUUUGGUACCGACUUUCGAGACACUGGCCAUGCUAUUACCUGAUUUGGAAGAUAUGCUCAAGCAGGUAAAGGAAAACGUUGAAAAAUGGUCGAAUCAAUAA